UCAUUCUGGUGGACCAAGAAAAAACAUGGUAUAUUUAAUUCACCACGUUUACUUUUUCUACUCAUAACUUGUCUCUGUUCCCCCUUCUCUUCGGUGUUUUUCAAAGAGGAAGAUGGCUACCUUGAGUGUACCCCCAGUUCCUCCUUCUCCAAGAGAUGAUGCCAUGCAACUUUACCGUGCUUUCAAGGGACUUGGGUGUGAUACUAGUGCUGUUAUCAAUAUUCUUGCUCAUCGAGAUGCCACACAGCGUGCCUACAUCCAACAAGAAUACAGAGCAAUGUAUUCUGAGGAACUUUCCAAACGCUUAGCUUCGGAGCUCAGUGGAAAGCUAGAGACUGCUGUUCUGCUCUGGAUGCAUGACCCUGCAAGACGUGACUCGACAAUCAUUAGGCAGUCUCUAAUAGACAGAACUCUUAAAGGUGCUACUGAAGUUAUAUGUUCACGGAGUCCAUCGCAGCUGCAAUAUUUAAAACAGAUCUACCAUUCUAUGUUUGGUGUUUAUGUAGAGCAAGAUAUUCAAAUAAACACCAGCCUUGGGGAUCAUCAAAAGCUUUUGCUUGCAUAUUUAAGCACGCCUCGUCACGAAGGCCCUGAGGUUAAUAGAGAAAUUGCUGAGAAGGAUGCAAAGGUUCUUUACAAAGCUGGGGAGAAGAAACUAGGAACUGAUGAAAAGACUUUUAUCCACAUAUUCAGUGAACGGAGUGCAGCACAUUUGGCUGCUGUCAGUUCUUAUUACCAUGACAUGUAUGGUCACUCUUUGAAGAAGGCAGUAAAGAAUGAAACAUCUGGGCAUUUUGCUCAUGCACUUUUGACAAUAAUCCAAUGUGCUGUUAAUCCAGGAAUUUAUUUUACAAAGGUGUUGCGUAAGGCAAUGAAAGGUUUAGGAACUGAUGAUUCCACACUCAUAAGGGUCAUUGUAACAAGGACUGAGGUUGAUAUGCAGUAUAUCAAAGCUGAAUAUUUAAAGAAACACAAGAAGACACUGAACGAUGAAGUUCACUCAGAGACAUCUGGUCACUACAGAGCCUUUCUUCUCUCACUUUUGGGCCCUAAUCACUAAUCAGUAGCCAAGAUGUUCAAUGAUGUUUCUUGUGGAAUACAUUCACUCUCUCAUGUUUAAGUCCUGACAACAUGUUAAAUCUUGCGGUUUCUAGUGUUGUGAUUCAUGUAACCCAUCUCAUUUGCUUUUAUUGUGUUGUUAUUUUUGUAGUGCUUUGUGAGUAUGAAAACUAUUGUCUUUUCUUGUGCAAUCAAAUAUGACAAUCAAAUAGAUGUUAAAGGAGAUAAUAUUUUCCAUUCAA